AUGGAAGAGAGGAAAACUGCAGAUACCGUUUUCCUUAGAGGUCUUUUGGGUUUGUGUGCUAAUAUUGAAAUCGAGGAGGGAGGAGAAAGCUGCUGAGGAUGGAGAAGAAAGCAAAAGGAGGUGGAGCCUGUACUAUGGAAGAAAAGGCCAGGCACCGAAACAACGCUGAAAAGAGCCCCACAAGCGGGAGUGAGUCUGACUCCGGCCCAGAUGCUGGUUCUGGAGGGGGCGGAGUAGCGCUGAAGAAAGAGAUUGGGUUGGUCAGUGCAUGCGGCAUCAUUGUAGGAAACAUCAUUGGCUCAGGAAUUUUUGUCUCACCAAAGGGUGUUCUGGAGAACGCUGGCUCUGUGGGCCUUGCUUUGAUUAUAUGGAUUGUGACGGGGCUCAUCACAGCUGUGGGUGCACUGUGUUAUGCUGAACUUGGUGUUACUAUCCCUAAAUCUGGAGGUGACUACUCUUAUGUCAAGGACAUCUUCGGAGGCUUGGCUGGGUUCUUAAGGCUGUGGAUCGCUGUGCUAGUAAUCUACCCCACCAACCAGGCUGUCAUUGCUCUCACCUUCUCCAAUUAUGUGCUACAGCCACUCUUCCCCACCUGUUUUCCUCCAGAGUCUGGGCUACGAAUCCUGGCUGCAGUCUGUUUGUUGCUUCUCACAUGGGUCAACUGUGCAAGCGUGCGAUGGGCCACCCGAGUUCAGGACGUCUUCACAGCUGGAAAGCUCUUGGCCCUGGGCCUGAUUAUUGUCAUGGGGAUUGUGCAGAUCUGCAAAGGACAGUACUUCUGGCUAGAACCCAAAAAUGCAUUUGAGAAUUUCCAAAAGCCAGACAUCGGCCUGAUCGCACUGGCUUUUCUUCAGGGCUCCUUUGCCUAUGGAGGCUGGAACUUCCUUAAUUAUGUCACAGAGGAACUGGUUGAUCCCUACAAGAACCUUCCUCGAGCUAUUUUCAUCUCCAUCCCACUGGUCACGUUUGUGUAUGUCUUUGCCAAUAUCGCUUAUGUCACUGCCAUGUCCCCCCAGGAGCUGCUGGCCUCCAAUGCUGUUGCCGUGACCUUUGGAGAGAAGCUUCUAGGAGUCAUGGCCUGGGUCAUGCCAAUUUCAGUCGCUCUGUCCACAUUCGGUGGAGUCAAUGGAUCUCUCUUUACAUCCUCCAGAUUAUUCUUUGCCGGAGCCCGGGAGGGCCACCUGCCCAGUGUGUUGGCUAUGAUCCAUGUAAAGCGUUGUACUCCAAUCCCUGCUCUCCUCUUCACGUGUAUCUCCACACUGCUGAUGCUGGUGACCAGUGACAUAUAUACACUCAUUAACUAUGUAGGCUUCAUCAAUUACUUAUUCUAUGGUGUCACAAUUGCUGGGCAAAUUGUCCUGCGCUGGAAACAACCUAAUCUUGUCCGCCCCAUCAAGAUAAACUUAAUGUUCCCUGUGAUCUAUCUGCUCUUCUGGGCCUUCCUGCUGAUCUUCAGUCUGUGGUCGGAGCCGGUAGUUUGUGGCAUUGGCCUGGCUAUCAUGAUGACAGGUGUCCCUGUCUACUUUCUUGGUGUAUACUGGCAGCACAAACCCCAGUGUUUCAAUGACUUCAUAGCAUCCCUGACCUCGGUGAGCCAGAAGCUGUGUGUGGUUGUGUAUCCCCAGGUGGAUGAGAGCCCAUCAAAAGAGGAGGAAUCUGCUGAUGAUGUGAAAGAACAGAGGCAGCCCAUCUACAAAUCCACUGCCCCCAGUGGGCCAGAGUCCCCUGACUCAUCCCGCCCCUGAUUCUGUGCAGCUCUUCUCUGAGCUUCUCUGGCCUUUUAUCCCCUCCCAACCCUCUCCAGCCCCACUUUACAUCACCUACCCUUCUUCACCCUCACCCUAAACUGUUCUUCUCAGGCAGGAGCAGUCAGAGAGGUAGGGGAGGGAAGCAAAAAAUAAGGACACUCUAAUUUGUACCCAAAGAACCAGCCACUGACCACUAGGGUCUCUGUAGGAGUACCAUUCACCAAUGCUAUUAUCCUGAAAAAGGGGGGAAGUCCUCCUUUACACAGACCCCAACCUUUUAGGAAUGAGGCCCAUCCAGGGACAUCAUCCGUAAGAAAUCCUGGUGCCAACAAGCAUGUGAAAACCCCUGGAGGAGCAUCCUCAGACAUCCAUCCAAGUUUGGUACUGCUCUCUCUUUCCCUUUCCAAGUCUAAGGAAGAGAGGCCUGAGUUGGGGAAGAGGAAACACUCAGACGUGGAAACCAGAAGGGUGAAUUGAUGGCAGCGGCUGCUUAUGAGCCCAUCACAGGGUUCAGGAGUCUCAGAAAGAAGGAGACGGGUGUU